AUGCAAUGUAAAAUGUUAAAAAAAACUAGCGAUUUUAGAAAAUGUAAAACAGAAAAAAAUGAUAAAUUUUUAACAAGUGUGAGAACUUGUUUGUGUUUAUUUUCUAAUAUAAAAGCUUACAUGAUAUCAAAAAACUUUUUAAAUAGUAAAAAUUAA